CGUCUUUUGGAAUUCCUUACAUCACAUCGACGAGCAAACAUUACCAUUCAUUUUUCAAAUCUUUAUAAAAUUUGGCGUAAAUCUUGCAUUAUGGAAAGGUGUAAACACUGGCUGGCAGUAAAGCGAAUUGAUAGUAAUGACAAUGCGGAUGGGUUAAGGAUGCUCAUGGACCAUAGACGCUGCAAUAUACAACCAUUCGACUGUAAAGCAUGGCUAGAUUUGAUGGGUAUUUUACAUAUUCAAUCUCCAGAAUUCGAGCAAAUCUACAUGUAUCAGAAUGAUGGAAACGAUAGAAGUCGGGAAAAGGAAGAUACUCUUCUUCAAAAAGAUCUAAAUCUUAUUACGGAUCAGGAGAUGUGUAUGGAAGAAGAGGUAUUUUAUCAAUUAUUCAGCCUCCAAGGAACAAUGAUUAUUGUUUACAUCGUCAAUAAUGAGAACAGAGCCCGUUUUUCGACAAGAGCUUUUCAUGGCGAGACGAAAGAUGAGGAAGAAUUUCGUCGAGAUCUUGAAAAAACUUACACCUUAAAAAAAGAGUCAGAAGAAAUGCAUGUUGAUAUCUACAUGUUAUUGAAUGACAAUCGUUGCCGGAUGCUUACCAACUUUCUAAGGCAACAUAGGAAAGCUUUCUUUCGAAUUUAUGCUACGGAACUUGGUCGGUUUCAAAAAACCAGUUUAAGGCAACUUAUGGAUCAUGAGCGCUGCAAAGUAAAUGCUCUCGAAUUUCAAACAUGGAGUUCGUUGAUAAGCAUUCUUGGUCCACCUAUACCAGACUUUGAAGAAGAAUAUAAAUCGAGACGUGAAAAGGAGGAUAUAUACAUCAAGAAAGAACUUACCGAUAUUUACAAUCAGGAUCAGUAGUACACAAAGUCUAUAAAUAUCAAACUUAAAGAAACCUGUGUUUAAAUUGAUCGUGGACCUAAAAAGUGCAAGUCAACAUUUGUUUACAUCUUGUUGGAUUGAGUACUUACGUUAAGUUAUUAUUAAGUUAUUUUAAAUACAAAAUCUCUCAUGAAUUGCUAAGAUAUGAUUUUUAUACAACGUGUU